AUGAAGUUUACUAAAGUCCAACGGAUCGAGUUCCUCCUAGAUGAAAUCAAGGAGAUUCUUCACACCAUAGACGUACCUAACACGUCCGCGUCUAUGUCCGUAUCCCAAACGUCGGAGCCACCUAACACGUCCGUUUCCCAAAUGUCGGAGGCCCAAAUACGGAGCAUACCUACAACCUCCACUCGAUCCACGGGGGGCUCGUCAAGCAGCGGAGGUAAGACACCGGCGGAGAUAUGCGUACGAUGUUUCAACGGGUGGGAGGCACUGAUCAACGCGGGAUCAUUCGACCUUCCCGGGUGUGAAUUCGAAGCGGAAGGCCGGAAGCGAAAGAAAUGCGAGUACUGUUCUAGUCGGCGUAGCGAGUGUAUUAAGGUUCCCCUUGCAAUUCGCAAGCCUGUUCAAAGGGGUAUAGCAGCGCUCGAGCGGGCAGUGGCGUCUGGAGAUACCCGCAAGAUACAAAAGAAGCAGCGUAGGCUUACGCACGCAUACUUCUGUGCACAUGGAAUGGUGAAAAAGAACUACCCAGCGGCGAGAGAGAGCGUCGAAGAGACCGAGCGCAGUUAA